AUGCUAGGUGGGCACAAGCUUUGGGUCGAUGAUGACAGGUACUUUGCCCGUGGUGGAUUGGAGGUACCCGCCUGCAGCGUUCUUCAAAUGGACCCUAGGGAAGGAUCAUUGUGUCAGUUGGUCCCCAGGGCCCAAACCUCCACUGGAUGGACGCAUAACGAGAAGAUCAAGCUGAUAACGGCUGCGGUUCGAUUGGGAGAAGCCGUGCUCGCGCCCAAUACACACUGGACAUGGCGGUCUGCUCCUUGCGUGCUGAUGGCCGUUGAGGACACAGCGGUUCACCCCUCCAUCUGGCCCGUUUUGGGGCCACCAGAGCCAAGCACCUUGAUCGACCUCCACGGCCUUAGACUUCCCUCCCUCAUUCAUGUAUUCUUCCCGUUUUCAACAUCUUCAGAUUUCAACGUUCACGCCCGCCUGAUUAUCCCCGAGUCGCUCUCGCGCGCUACUGAGCCAGCACGGAGAAGGUCCGGAUUCGAUUUUGCCAGCCUGAGCAGCGGCCCGAAGUGCGAGCCCACGAUGAAGGAGCACCUAGACUCGGACAGAGUCAAUUUUCUAAUUUGGAGGUAUCUCAUAGAAGGAAAUUAUCGAGAGACGGCAGUCAAAUUUCAAAAGGAGUGGCACAAGGAGCAGCCGCAUCGGCAGCUGGACUUUGCGCGCCAUGUCCAGAGCCAUGCGCUGGUCAAUGUUUUGAAUAAAGGCCUGAUCUACAAUUCACUGGAGAGAGAGUAUGCACAGCAGAUCCAGAUCCAGCCCAGCAGCGGCGGCGAGGCACUGACAGAAGCCGUGCAGGUGCCUCAGGAAAAUGCAGCGGCACUGGCCGAGGCGAUGCAGCUAGGGGUGUUUGGCCCGUUGCAGGCGCGGCCAUUGCAACAUGAACAGCAGCAGCAGCAGCAGCAGCAACCGCAGCCGCCGGAGGAGAAGGAACACGACCCUGAGGAGGAUGCCGAAGGCGAGGUCGAAACAAUCGAGGACCUCGAAAAUUCCCGAAAGCGCCAGCUUGACCGGCCACAGCAGCCGCAGCUUAAUGGCGGUUCCCCAGCCAAGCGGCCUCGCCUGAGCAACGGCUACGAAAAUGGUGUGGAUGCAGCCACAGACCCCAUGGAAUUGGACGGCCAGCAUGGCGGCAGCGACAACCACGCUUACCCGUCCCCCCUGGAGGGCGAACAAGCGCCAACCCCCAUCCCGCGAACUGACGGCCCCGACCAGGGCACACAGGUCGACAAGGUCCAGGAACUCACCACCCAGACCAUCUUCAUCCCUCUGGGCGCCGAAGAGUCGUCAGCCCUCUCGUCGCCGUCGACGGCCUCCAGGAACCAGGGCGAGAACGCGCCCGUCCUGCUACAUUGCCAAUGGAACCCCCGAGAUGCAACGAUCUUGGCGGCUGGUGGAACCGACGCGCUAGCCCGCAUCUGGACCAUCUCGCGUGCGACGACCGCCGACCCGACGCUGGACCCUGCGUCGAAUCACGUGAACGGCACCAUCCCACCGUUCCACAGCGUGGUAGGGGAUGACAUCAACCCCAAGUCCAACGUGACUGCUAUGGCCUGGAAUGCAGACGGCACGACCCUUGCAGUGGCUACCGACUCUGACACCAAGGGCAGGAUCAGCCUCUGGAGCGCCGACGGAGCCCCCGUUGGACAGUUCGAGGUGCCCGAAGCCCCCAUCAUCAAGCUGCGAUGGAGCCCUAAUAACGCCGCCAUCUUGUGCAUCGCACCGGAGAACGACGGCAUUCUCGUGACCGUGUAUCAUGCCCUGACCUCGAACUCGAUUUCCCACGUGUUGCCGGAUCACACGGAUCUCGACGCUGCCUGGCUGAGUGAAAGUGAGAUAAUCCUCUGCGGAGGUCAGGUCCUGACUCUGUUGAAAUGUGAAACAAAUGGAAUCGUUGAAUCGCCUCGGAAGUUUGAGACUCGAGAAGGCGACAGCCUCUCCCAGGUCCAGUUUGACUCCAUGUCCACGUUGCUCGCUACGUGCAGCGAAAGAGGCUUCGUUGAUAUUUGGGAUGCGUCGGGCAAACGGCGCGAUAUUAAAGCACACGAUGGGGCAGUCACCGCGCUGGCAUGGCAGCCGCUGCCGCAGCAACCAGCGGCUGAAGAGGAACGACUGAUCGCAUCCGGUGGAGAAGACGGCGCUAUUUUCAUCUGGAAUGCGCGGUCAACCGAUAACAAACCCAAGUGCUCCAUGACAAUGGACGAACCUAUCGUCGCCCUGUCCUUUACCCCCGAUGGCGCCUUCAUCGCUGGCGCGACGCACGAAAGAAUCCUAAUAUGGAAAGUUGGUGACCACAGUAUUCCCCGGGCGAGCUGGAAUAGAUCUCCACACCCCGGUUGGCUUAGCCCGCGCGACAAUGCGGAAACGGAAAUGGAGGAGGAGCAUUGCCUUUGUUGGGAUGCAACAGGACAAAGGCUUGCUUUCGGUGUGAAUAGCCGACUGGCGAUUAUCAACUUUCGGUGA